GCAAAACUGGUGCUCCUUCCCAAAGAGGGGAAAGCGGCCGACAGCCCUUCGAGCUACCGGCCCAUAUGCCUCCUGGACGAGGCGGGAAAAAUGUUCGAGAGGAUCAUCACCACCCGCCUCGUCCGGAGCAUCGAGGGGCCAAAUGGCGGCGGCCUGAGCGACCGUCAGUAUGGCUUCAGAGAGGGACGAUCGACGGUGGACGCGAUCAAGAGAGUAAGGUUCCUCUCUGAAUCCAUGGUGGAGGAGGGGAGGGUGGUAUUGGCGAUAUCUCUGGACAUCGCUAAUGCCUUUAACUCCCUCCCCCACAAUGAAACAAGGAGGGCUCUCGCAGAGCUGGAAAUCCCCUGUUACCUGCAAAGGAUAAUAGGGGAUUACUUAAGCGGGAGGGAGAUUGUCUGUAGCGACAGAGACGAGGGAAGAGGCGGUGGAAUGCCGACUGCGGCGUCCCACAGGGAUCGGUACUUGGGCCGAUCCUGUGGGACGUCGCAUAUGACAAAGUCCUUAGGACUGCCCUCCCCACUGGCUGCACAACUAUAUGCUACGCUGACGACACGUUGCUGCUGGCCAAUGGGGAGGAAUGGGAGCAAGCGGUGGAAACCGCGAACAUCGCCAUCGCCUGCGCAGUGCGCACUGGGCCUUCGCGUGUCGGCGGGGAAGACGGAGGCAAUCUUCCUCCAUAACGGCACGCGGGGGCCACCGCCGGCGGUGGCGAUCAAAGUGGAGGACGUCCGCGUCCAGGUGGGGGCCAGUCUCAAGUACCUUGGCCUCCACCGCGACGGCACCUGGAGGUUUGAGGAGCACCUCCAUAGGCUGACACCCAGGUUGGACGGUGCAGCGAACGCGCUAUCGCGACUUAUGCCCAACCUGGGUGGCCCGCGUGGGAGGGCACGAAGGCUCUAUGCCAACGUGAUAAACUCCAUCGCGAUGUACGGUGCCCCUAUCUGGUCGGCCGCCCUUGCUAGAAAUAGGAAGGCCAUAGCGGUGCUGAACAAGACUCAGCGCCGCAUGGCUAUAAGGGCGGUCAGGGGGUACCGGACAAUCUCCCACGCGGCGGCCACGUUGUUGGCCGGGAUGCCCCCCAUCCAGCUACUCGCGAAAGCGCGUGCGAGCGUCUACGAGCGAGUCGUAAGACUAAAAGAUGGGGGGGGGGUCCCGGUGACUGCGAGGGUGAGGAGGCUCCUCGCCCUCCAGCUUAGGGGAAAGGUGAGGGAGGAUUGGCGAAAGUGGCUCGAAGAGCCCAAUCGAGCGGGCCGACGCACGGUCCAAGCAAUCCUCCCUCACCUAGACGGCUGGAUCGACCGGCCGUGGGCGCGGGCGUCCUACAGGACGACGCAGGUACUCACCGGGCACGGUUGCUUCGGUGAGUACCUGCAGAGGAUCAGGAGGGAUCCAACCCCGCAGUGCCAGCACUGCAGCGAGGAGAGGGACUCGGCGCAACACACGCUGGACAGUUGUCCAGCGUGGGCAGCAGAGCGCCGAGCCCUCACAGACGUGAUAGGGGGAGACCUCUCGCUCCGGGCUGUCAUCAAGGCAAUCAGCGGGAGGAGUCUUGGGAGGCGUUCUCCUCCUUCUGCGAACACGUAAUGUCGCAGAAGGAGGAGGCGGAGCGCGUAAGGAGAGGGGAGUGCGACCCCCCGCACGCGCAAUGCGGAGGAGAUGGAGGCCGGCGACCACGAGUUAUCCGUCGCAGGCAGCCGGCUCACCU